AUGACGGGUCAUAGCCCAUCAAACGAGGAGACCUUCCCUCUUCUAAUCGAACAAAGCCAUGGCCACGCGGGCGGGACGGGCCGAGCACUGGCGGCACGCUGGUCUCGCUUUCGUCAACCAUCGCCAGCAUGGAUUGUGACUAUAUACCAAAUGUAUGCUAUUGUUUCUGGCACCUUCGCCGUGCCCGAACUCAACGCUACGCUCGCGUUGAUCUGUCACCAACAGUAUUCUACCACAAAGCUACCCCCCGGCCAUCCAGAUUACCAAGCGCCCGAUUUAUUUGACGAACUCAACAAGUGCCUUGGGAAUAAGAAUGCGCAAUCAUCUUUAUCGCGGUUUCUGAUCUACGGACAAAUAACAGCCGGUCUUCUUGGCGCUAUUGCGACUCCAAUUCUGAGCUCAUUAUCCGAUCGGAUCGGGCGCCGGCCGAUUCUCGCCUGCACCGCCCUUGGACCGUUGUUUUAUGAGGCGCUUCUAUUAUUCAUUCUUUGUUAUCCCGACUCGGUGGAUAUGCACUGGCUUCUGGUAGGGUAUGCGAUGGAAGGGUUCAGUGGGACAAUCAUAACCGCGAUGUCCACGUCGCAAGCCUACAUUACCGACGUUGCGCCGCGUCGCGACCGGGCGAGGCUCUUCAGCUACAUGCAAGCAGGCAAUUCAUUUGCCCUGGCCGUGGGACCUAUCAUUGCCGGCGUGCUCCUGGCGACUUCCAAUCCGCUUCAGCGUACAUACACACUCGCCGUUUGCGCACAUUCUGUCCUCUUCCUGCUCUUUUUUUGCCUUUUGCCUGAAUCGCGUCAGCCGCAGUCUCCCAAUCUAGCCGACCAGGAAAGCUCGAGUGCAGGCCGUCUGAAAACAAAUCACCUCCGUACUGUGUUGCUUUCCUGGAGAGAUAUUCGGGCGUCGAGCGCAACACGACAACAGAACAUGGCUAUCAUGGCUAUGGCAGAAAUGGUCAUGUUUGGAGUCGUCUUUGGCCUACCGUCACUACAGUUAGCCUAUCCAGCGUUCCUGUUUCACUGGAAGCCGACCGUACAAAGUUUUGUCAUGUCACUUUUCCAGUCAUGGAGCAUCGUCGUCCUGGUUUUUAUCUUUCCAACGAUAAUGACCGCAGUACGCCGGUAUGGAAGGCCAGGGAACUACUCGACUACAAUUCCCACUAUAUUCAAUUUUGGCGAGGUAGGCGCUAUCAAAGUGGGCUUGUUGCUGCAGUGUAUUGGCUACAUUGGCAUCUCUCUAGCCCGGAAACCCGGUUAUUUUAUCUUCUCCUCGCUGGUUGUUGCAUCGGCUGCGCCUUUAGGCCCUCUCUUGAUAUCUUGCCUUACGGCUCAUGUGCCUAGUCACCAAUCGGGGCAAUUGCUAGGUCUUUUGAGCUUCCUGCAUGCCAUUGCACGGGUGAUUGUCCCUGCUCUAUUGAAUGCCACCUAUAGCAUGACAGUGGGACUUUCGCCAGCACCUUUGUUCCUGCUAUUGGCAGUUAUCAACGGGCUUUUGCUGCUGGCUAGCAUGCACAUCAAGACGAAUGUUAUAUGA